UAAGGAGGAGAGUGAAGGCUGCCCAUUGGCUUAAAAGCCACACGUCUCGGCUGAGUCCAGGAGGACUCCAGCCUGCCGGCUUGUCACAGCCUUCUGUACGGCUUUAGAGGAGAACAUCGGAGCCUGGACAAAAAGAACAAGCCUGCAUCAACAUGAGCUUCACUAUAGAGGAGAGAGGGAAACCCAACACACAGGACUACAGAGUCUACUUCAAGAACUCAGAGGGGAAAUACAUAUCUCCAUUCCAUGACAUUCCCCUCUAUGCAGAUGAGGCCAAGAAUAUCUUCCAUGCAGUUAUAGAGGUUCCCAGAUGGACCAAUGCAAAAAUGGAGAUUGCAACCAAAGAUCCCCUGAACCCCCUAAAGCAAGAUGUGAAGAAAGGAAAUCUGCGUUAUGUGUGUAAUGUAUUUCCUCAUAAAGGCUACAUCUGGAACUAUGGAGCUAUCCCUCAGACAUGGGAGGAUCCAGGACACAAAGACGAAGACACAGGGUGCUGUGGUGACAACGACCCCAUCGACAUAUGUGACAUCGGAAACAAGGUGUGCUCUCGGGGAGAAGUCAUCUGUGUGAAAGUGUUGGGGACGCUUGCGCUGAUAGAUGAGGGGGAAACAGACUGGAAAGUCAUCGUCAUUAAUGUCGAGGACCCUGAGGCCGACGACUUUAACGAUAUUGAUGACGUGAGGAGGCUGAAGCCGGGCUAUCUGGAAGCUACAGUGGACUGGUUCAGAAUGUACAAAGUACCAGAUGGAAAACCAGAAAAUCAGUUUGCCUUUAAUGGUGAAUUCAAGAACAGGGACUUUGCCAUUAAGACAGUAAAAGAUACCCAUGGAUACUGGCAAGCACUGAUAAUGAAGAAGACUGAAGCAGGAGAGCUCAACUGCAUGAACACCUCUGUCACAGACAGCCCAUUCAUCUGUGCCUGCAGUGAUACCGAAGCCAUCGUAGACUCAGCAAGUGCGUAUGAUGAAGCAGAGCCCAUCCCAAGCUCAGCUGACAAAUGGUACUAUUACAGUAAAUAAUCAUCGAGGGACAGCAGCUAACAAAGAUGAUAACAUGAUUU